AUUACGACUCGGUACAAAUCUAUCGAAAACCACCGCAAGAAGAAAAUAUUGAAGCAGAUACAAAGCCAAUUCUUAUAUUUUUUAAUUAAAGAUUAGUUUAAAAAGAGGACAACAUGUCUUUUAUGAAUCCAGUGGACAUGGUUGAUGAGGACGCAGCAGACUUGCAGUUUCCCAAAGUAAAGCUGAAGCUUAGCCACGACCAACUGAAAGAUCAGCAGCUUGCAGUGAAAUUGUGUCGGGCACGCAGCGAUGAACAGACCAAGCAUCUAACAGUGCUUUACAAUAUUGAAGACUUUCACAAGCAGCUCGAGAAGUGUGAGCCAUCUGUAAACGAUUUUGUUAAUGGAGAUUCAGCAGAGAGUAGUUGUGCCACAUGUCAUUGCAACGUUACAGAGCCAUAUAUCAAGUGCUCCGAGUGCCUGGAGGUACUGCUCUGCUUGCAGUGCUUUGCGAAAGGACGCGAGAUUGGUUGUCAUCGAAACAAUCAUGCGUAUAUUAUAGUACGUGAUGAUAUUCAGGUUUUCGCUAGCGAAACAGGCUGGACAGCGCGUGAUGAAAGAGAUUUGUUAAAGGCUCUGCGCAUAAACGGCUACGGAAACUGGGAUGAUAUUGCAAGUUCCAUGUCACAACGCCAUACGCCAGUUGAAAUAAGGCGGCACUAUCUAGAUAAUUACUUUGGUGGAAUAUUUGAGAGGUUAUUGGGUCUGCAACAUGCACGCAACUGUUAUCUACCAGAACGAAUGCCGUAUGUGUUUAAAAUGAGAUCGCUGGAGCCACCGCGUCAUGAUGAUAUUGCGUCCAUGCAAUUUAAAAUGAAUGCGGGCUAUCGCUGCGCCCGUGGCGACUUUGACACGCCCUAUGACGCCUCCGCCGAGGGACUCUUGUCCAUUAUGUUGCAUAAACAAGGUGAUGAUGUCGAUGAAGAGUUGGACACGCUGGAAAAACCCAUAACUGAAGAUCUGCAGUGCGCUCUAGUGCGUGCGUACAACAAUCGGCUGAGAGAACGAAAUCGUCGUUAUGACAUUAUGCGUCGACAUGGUCUUAUUAUGCCCAAUCGUACAGUCAGCUGGAUAACCAAGUAUAUAAAUGCCUUCCGCAGCGAUGCUAGCUGCAUGCGUUUUCUAGCUCUAAUGCAAAUAUGUAAGCCUCUACAAUUUGACAUGAUUGUCGAGUCGUUGCACUACUAUCAUCAGCUACAAAAUCGUUUACAAUGGCUUUAUGAGUUACGCCAAAAUGGCGUGCGCACGUUCCAUGGUGGAGCGCUGUAUACUCGACUACAUAAGCAAAGACAGAAGGCGCAACGAGAAUACUUGCGGCAGCGUCAGAACAACUGUAACGACUGGCAACAUAUAGUGCAUCAUUAUGAGCAGAAUCCAAAAGCGGAGCAAGUGCCACAAGGCAGUAGCUCCAGAGUCUAUAUGGUGUAUCCCAGACGUAAGGCCAGUCCAAUGGAGAUUACAGACAUGCCUGGAUUUUCCAAGCUUGAUGCUGGCGAGCGCACGCUAUGCAGCAUUGUGCGUCUAAUGCCACAAGCCUAUUUAGAGUACAAAAACCAGCUGAUUGCAGAGCAGGCCAAACUGGGACAUUUAAGACUUAGUGAUGCACGGCGACUCAUCAAGAUUGAUGUGAACAAAACUCGUCAAAUUUACGAUUUUCUACUGGAAAAUGGGCAUAUUCAAAUGCCGUCUUACAGCUAAGAUCUUAUCUUUACUUUAUGUUUCACUUAGUUUGAGAAUGCCGAAACUCUGCUGAUAUCUGAAGUUCACAUGCUGCUUGAUCAUCGCAAACGAC